AUGAAAAUAAAUGCUAUCACAUCAUGCAUGUCGGACAGUUCGCGACAAACACUCGCAGAGUCAACAUCGACGGAGAAUUUCAGUUACAAACUUUAUCACUACCCUCGAAAACAUGGCUGUUGAAUGUGCCAAUAGUGCAGCCUAUGUAGGCAAGAUUCUUUCAGAAAGGCGAAAGUCUAAGAAACCUCUCAUGGAAAAAAUGCGUCGUGACAGAAUCAACGACAGCUUGAACGAACUCAAGAAACUUGUUCUGGAACUUCUUCAGAAAGAUGCUUCUCGUUAUUCAAAGAUGGAGAAAGCUGAUGUUCUUGAGAUGACCGUGACUUAUCUAAGAGCUAUGCACCGAAAAGACAGUGGCAUUGAAGAUCCUCAGUCACUAGCCGAGUACAGAGCCGGUUUCAACCAGUGCAUGAACGAAGUCAACAGAAGUAUGACAUGCGAAGGAAGUGAGCAGCUCAGGGAACAACUCUUAUCACGCUUGGCCUCAUGUUACCAUAGCAACGCCACUAACCGUGUCGCCACGAGCCACGCGUCAGGGAUUCCCGCCAUGACUCCGAAUUUUCCCGCCAUUGCGCCAAACACCGUCUGGGUUCCAUAUCCUUCACCACCGCCAUCUCCAACAAACCAACCUACAGUUUUUAUUCCCAUAACAAGUCCAGUUAAAACUGAAAUGCUAAGAAUACCAUCUCCUGUCAGUCCAUCGGCGGCUCAAACACAGAAAAUCAGCCUCUCGCCUGCGAGUUCUACCAGCGCCACUACAAAGACACCGCUAUGGCGUCCUUGGUGAUUGAUGAACUGAACUGAAUUUACAGUGUCAGAAUAUGACCAUAAAACAAGCGACAUCGAGAGAAUUUUUCUCUCUCAAAUAAUUUAUGCAGAAGGUCCCACUUUGAAUGUAUACCAUGUAAAUAGUCGCAAUGUAUUUAAAUUGUGAAAAAGAUUUUACAAUCGACAAAGGUUUUAUCAUAUGGAAAUCUGCGUGGCAGUUUUUAAUAAAUAAAUUUGAUCCUGUA